AUGCAAAGCUUUAAGAGACUCGUCAGCGGAAACAAAUCUCUCCUCUCCAAAAAUUUACUUACCUCCCAACAAAAAUUUUAUUCCACUGCUACAACCUCUGUUAGACAUGUUAAACCAACAGUGACUAUCUUUGGUGGUAAUGGUUUCCUUGGACAAGAAGUCGUGAAGCGUAUCGCUCCACAAUGCGAUAGAGUUAUUGUUGCUUGUAGAGGAAAUAAUGAAUUUGAACCAGUAGCUAAGAGAAUUGGUGAUAACAUUACUGUUGUUUAUUCUGACGUCACUGAUAAGGACUCUGUUGAUAGAGCUAUUUACGGAAGUGAUGUUGUUAUCAAUCUUACAGGAAUCCUUUAUGAAAGUGAUAACACUUUUGUUGAAAUUUAUAUUGAUGGACCAAGCAAUAUUUCUCAUAGUGCACACACAAAUGGUGCUGACCAAAUGAUUAAUGUUACUUUCCUUAACUCGGAACUUGAUUCACCUUCAUGGUGGUCUGAUACCAAUUUCAGAUCUGAGGAUAUUGUCUAUGGUAAUUUCCCAAAUUCAACCAAUGUAAAGCCAAGUAUUAUGUUCGAUAGAAAGGGUAACUACUCAUCAGGUGCUUAUAUUAACAGAAUCAGAAGAACUCCAUUGAAAUUCUUCCCAGUUAUACCAACACCAUUCUCAGGUGCUAAACUUCAACCAGUUUUUGUUGAAGAUGUUGUUGAAGCUCUCGAAAAGACAAUUUUCUCCAAGGUUGAAGAAACUAAAGGAAAGAAUUUGUAUUUGGCAGGUCCAGAAGUAAUGACCUUUGGUCAAAUUAUUUCAAAGACUUUCAGUAGACCAGCUAUACCAACUCCAUAUCCAGUCUUUGAUUUUAUUCUUGGAUGUACGCAAAUGUUACCAAAUCCAACUGUCACUCGUGACCAAUUCAAUAUUUUGAGACAACAUGGUGGUGAUUUGACACUUCAAGGAGUUUUGGAUAGACUUGGUGAACCAUCCUAUAAGAAGACAGUUAUGACUUUUGAAGAUUUGGAUAUCAAACCAAAAUCACUUACUUCUCAAUUCUAA